UCAUGAAACUGAUAUUUUUAAUUUUCAUCCUUAGUGUAGGUGUGUGCUUCACAAGUGGUGCUUUUUGUGGGGUACGUCGUCGACCAAAACUAGUAGAAUCAGCAUUGGAUAAUGAAAUAAUAGACGGUCGUAAUCGUUGGGUUUAUCAAUUACCCCGAAAAGGUGAUGAUGAUGAAGAAGAAUAUUGUGAAAUUGAAGAAAUUAUUGUUGAAAAAACCGUUGAAUUACCAACAAAAAUUGAAAACAUUGAAGAUGACAAUUUUCCAUCGUGUUCAAUGCCUGAUCAAGUGCUUGAGGUACCUGAUUUAAUUCCAAUACAUCCUGGAAAGAAUUCAAUCAAAUUUCGAGAGUAUUAUAUUGAACCGUUUAAAGUUACUGAAACUGAAAACCAUGCUGGUGCAAAACGUUUAGUUGUUGCGGCUUAAUUUCAUUCUUGUUUAUAUCUAAUAAAUGAAUACUCAUCGAAA